AUGGAAACAUUUGGUCUUGUCUGGUGUAUGUGUGUGGCCUGAGGUGGUAAAUAGUCCCCUGGUUCUACACCAUUUCUCAUAGAGUAGAUCCAUUCAAAUCUGUGGGCCUUAAAUAAGUUUGGAUCCAAACCUCUGCAUUUGGUCUGGGUCUACAUAGUGUGGGAUACUUACCUGACCUGGCUACUCCAGCAGUCUUCUUGUUCUGAACCCCAGCCAAGCUUGAUCUCCUCCUCCUCUUGGCUGCCAAUUGGCAGCUGGCCUGUUGUGGUCAUUGAAAGGGAGGAACAGUGGGAAGGGAUGUCCCAGCUUCUGCCUUUUCCACUUGUAGCUCUGUUUUAGCUGCAGUUUUAGUUCUGAUUCUCUGGUGGCAGAUGUUUGCUCUUCAGUUAUGCCCUAAAGGGUGAAUUCUGAUUAAGAAGGCACCAAAGGAACCACCUACUACCUAUAUCCUUGAAAGUGGUCUGUUGGCCUUCUUCCACAAGAAUAUUUCUCUGUUUCUUUCCACCUGAACUAAUGACCAGGGAUUCCACCACAGCCCCCGUUCUUCUUUUCCAUUUUCAGAAGAUGGGCUCAUUCCGGAGGCCUCGACCACGUUUCAUGAGCUCCCCGGUGCUGAGUGAUUUACCACGGUUCCUGGCAGCUCGGCAGUCUCUGCAGUUCAGUUCUAACUCUGCAUGGAAUAGUGUUCAAACAGCAGUGAUCAAUGUGUUCAAAGGGGGAGGUCUACAGAACAAUGAACUCUACACUCUCAAUGAAAAUGUCAGGCGGCUAUUGAAGAGUGAACUGGGACCUUUCAUCACAGACUAUUUCCAGAACCAGCUCCUUGCGAAGGGCUUGCUGUUCAUAGAGGAAAAGGUUAAGCUUUCUGAAGGAGAGAAUCGCAUCCAUGUACUAUCUGAAAUCUGGGAUCACUUCUUCACAGAAACUCUUCCAACGCUUCAGGCAAUAUUUUAUCCUGUUCAGGGCCAAGAAUUGACUGUUCGCCAAAUUGCCUUGCUCGGCUUCCGAGACUUGGUCUUAUUAAAAGUCAAGAUGGAUGAAUUUCUUCCUCGGGUCCAAAACAAUCUUCCCCCUUCUAUUGUCCAAAUGCUACUGAUUUUGCAGGGUUUCUCCCUUUGUUGCAGGGAGUCCAUGAGCCAACAGGUCCCAGUAAGGCCUAUAUGCAGUUGGAGGAGCUUGUUAAAUUGGUUGUGUCUCCAUACCUUGGUUUGUGUGAAGAACACUGCUAUCCAGACAGUACCUGUGCCCUGGGUUGGAAGGGAACUGUUGGAGCUGAAGCUUCUGAACAAAUGAAAUAUAUGAGAAACUUGCAAAAUCUCAUUUUGAAAAGUGGAAUCAUAUGCUGGCUACCAGAAUAGAUGUAUUCAGCUCUUUCUUCAUCUCAUUUGAUUUGAAAUAAAUAAACCCAGCAAUUUAGAAGAGCUCUGGCAUAGAAAUUCUGAGAAGAAGGAGACAACCUGGGUUUUGCAUAAACUUUUUGCAGUCUCUUACAACCAUCAGAUUGACUCUCUGCUCUGGUCUGCCACAUGUCUGUGUAAUAAAUAACAGGCAUUUGGAGCUAAAGGCAACACUACAAUAAUAAUAGUAAUAAUAAUAAUGGUGAUGAUGAUAACAACAACAACAACAACAACAACAGUUUUAUUUCCUGCCUGCCUUUCCUCGCAGCUUGAGGCAGGUUACAGCGUAAGCAAACACAUCAUUUUAAAACACUGCAAAAUACACACAUUAAAACAUACCUUCAUAAAAUACAUAUCAAAAUACACAAAACAAAAAUCAGGCAUACAGUGGAGUUUAAAAUUCCCCAUUAAAACUGUCUGAGUAGGCCUUCCGGAAGAGAUAAGUCUUUACUUGUAUCUUAAAUUUUGACAGUUGAUCCAGCUGUUGAAGCUCUACCGGCAGUCAUGGAGCAGCUGAUGAAAAGAUUUUCUGGGUGGUGGUUGCCAAUUGGGUUUUGGCGAGUUGGAGUAACUGGGCCUCAGGAGACCUAAGUGUGUGGACGAAUUGUACGGGAGAAGGCGAUCCUUUAGGUAACCUGGACCCAAACCAUGUAGAGCUUUAAAAGUCUAAACAAACACCUUGUAAUUUGCCCGGAAAUUAAUUGGCAGUCAGUGGAGUGACUUUAGGAUAGGUGUAAUAUGUUCAUUCUUAGAUGUUCCUGUCACCAGCCUGGCUGCUAUAUUUUGAACUAGUUGGAGUUUCCAAAUUUGGUAUAAGGGUAGCCCAAUGUAGAGCGUGUUUCAGAACUCUGACCUUGAGGUUACCAGGUUACCAUCUUUGUGUCCUCCAAAUCCAGAAAGGGGUGCAGCUGGCGUAUCAGCCAAAGUAAGCACACUUGACUGUCACAUCUACCUGGGCUGACAUUUGGAGUGACAGAUCCAGGAGAACUCCCAAGCUCUGAGUUACACAGUUUUCCCCUAUCUGUGUUCUGGUUGUUGUCCUUCCCAUUUCAUUUCCCUGAGGGUCUCUAUAUACCAGGGAGCUGAUUUGUAACGAGUAGGAGAGGAUGUUUGUCAGCGAUCAUGUCAGUAUCCCUUGCUAGAUUUUGAUUCCACUUAUUGACCAGGGAUUCAACAGGAUUGUCGAUGAUGCCAGCCAUAGAAGCCUCUAAGGCCUUCUGGAAUCUCAAAGGAUCCAUUAGCCUUUGAGGGUGGAUCAUUUUAAUAGGUCCUCCACCUCUGCAAGAAUAGGUUGACUAGGAAAUGAUGUGUCCAUGACAACUUGGAGGUAUUGGUGACCUCUACCCACAGAUUUGUAUGUUCCGAGUUGAAAAUCACAUCAAGAAUAUGACCUGCUGAAUGCAUUGGUCCAGAAACCAGUUGGGAUAGCUCAUGUUUGUUAUGGAUACCAUUGUUAUGGAUACCAUUAACUCCCAAGCUGCACCUGGCCACCAGGUGAAGUCACCCGGAAGCAAAAGUCUGGGUGACUCCAGCAACACCUUUGAGACCACUUCUGUGAGCUCAGCCAGGGAGUCUGUUAGGCAGUGGGGUAGAUGGCACACUAAUAGAAUUCCCAGUCAAUCCCUGGUUUUUAGACCCAGUUACACACACUCAGUGUGAUUCAGCUCCCUAAUAGGUACUCUGGCUAGGUUAAAGUGGUCUUUAUAGACCACACCUACCCCCCCCCCCUACACACACAUAUACUCUCCCUCACCUGCUUCCUGACACAGUACCCAUCUGGGAGUGCUUGGGCCCAGGUUGGAGCAGUAUCAUCUCCCAGCCAGGUUUCAGUGAAGCAUGAAACAGUGAAGCAUUCCUCAGUUGGCAGAUUUAUUUUUGAAAGAAAAACAGCUAUUCGUUUAUAUUCUGUACAAAAGAUGGAGAACUAUCUUAUGAUGGUGUAUGGAAAGGGAACAUGGGCUCGAUGAAAGAACCAGUAAUAAAGCCUACAGGAGGAUUAGAUUGAAUUCCAUAGUUCUACAUCUAUGGCCCAGGUUCAAACUCCCUGAAGGACUAUUUUCUUGUAAUUUUGAGAGAGUUCUGAGAGAGAGAGAGAGAGAGAGAGAGAGAGAUUGUAUGUUUUUAGCUACAUGUGGUUUUCCUUGUACAGUAGAGUUCCGGUUAUUUGACAUAAACGGGCGGGCCGAAUGUCGAAUAACUGGAACUGAUAGAUAUCAGGGAGGCCCUAUUAUCCCUCCUGGAAAUCUGGCUCAGGUAAGCGCCGUCAGCACUGCUGCCUAGCAGUGCUCACGGGGCGCUUCCCAAGAGGUGAGUGCUUGCUGAGGGAUGGGGCUCGUCCCUACCGCAAGCGCUCAGCUCAGGGAGGCGCCCCGUGAGCGCUGCUGCCUAGCAACGCUCAUGGGGUGCUUCCCAAAGGGCGAGUACUCACUGAGGGACAGGGCUCAUCCCUACCGCGAGCGCUCGGCUCAGGGAAGCACCCUGUGAGCUCUGCUGCCUAGCGACGCUCACGGGGUGCUUCCGAAGGGGGCGAGUGCUUGCCGAGGGACAAGGCUCGUCCCUACCGUGAGCGCUCAGCUCAGGGAAGCACCCUAUGAGCAUUGCUUCCUAGCAACGCUCACGGGGUGCUUCCUCCUCCCUCUCCCCACCUUCUCUUGAGCUCCUUUCGGCUCAGCAGCGCUCCCUUCCUCAGGCUGUCCCAGGAAGGAACUCAAAAGAAGGAGAAAGAGAGAGAGGGAGGAGGAUUUUUCUCUCCUUCCUCCAGCUGUCCCAGGAAGAUGCGAAGUAGGCGGCGGCGGGGGAAGGAGAGGCAGAGGCAGCCAUGAGCGCAGCGGCGGCUCCCUCUCAGGCCCCCGGCGGCGCCUCAAAUAAUAUGGAGUGUCAGUUAACCGGAACCUGGAUAAUAGGAACUCUACUGUAUUUCUUUUUAACUGUGAGCCACCAUGGGUCCCAAUCUUAAGUAAAAGAUGAAGUAAAAAUAAAGUGAUUGAUAUUCAGUCCUUCGCUAUACCUUUCUUUGUACUAUUGCUGCAUUAGAUAGGGAAAUUAUGUGAAAAGAGUCACAACUGAGCUUUUUGGUCAAUACCCUGGAGCAGAGAUGAGCAAAAUAUGGAUUGUAGACCAUGUAUAACCUCUCAGUGUGGAUUUUUCAGGUCCCCAAGGGCUCUCCUAUUUUAUAUAUUUUCAUUUUUUUUAAAUCUAAAAAAAUUCUGCAUGUUUUCUGGAAGUGGGGAUCUUUUUUGGAGGUUGCUUCCUUCUGUUUCACUUCUUAUUUUUAAAAUGUCUUUUGUGGGCCCAAAACAGCUUGGAGAAGAUAAUGGUAUGAUGAACAUGCCCCUAUAUGCCCUAGAGCAGUUGUCUGGGACCUCAAUUCCCAGAAACCUUAGCCAAUGUGGUCAACUAUUAAAACUUCCGAGAACUGAAGUCCAAAACACCCAAGAAACCAAAAGUUGGGAACCACUGCUCUAGAGAUCCUAAGGGGUAUUUUGAUGAAAAAAAUCCUAGAAUGAGUGGCAUAACAGAAGUGUACACUUCCCUAUUUACUAGGAUUUUCUCACCCCGGCCUACAGCCUUUUGGGGAGGCUGGGUUAAUUCUAAAAGAGAGAGAUACUGGAAUAAUGUGCUCCACCCACAUCUAUAGUACUUGUGGGGUGGAGUGAGAACCCCCAACAGGGCUGUUAGAUCUUAAAGUGUAUUAGGGAUGGGAUCAGCCUUUGGCAUCAGUUGGUGCACAAUGCUUCUUUUGCAUGGCUUCAGUCCAUUGCUUUAAGCAAUUGCUAUCUAUCAUAAUUUUCCAUUCUCUUCCCCCUUUGCUCUUAAAAAGAUAAGAUUGUAUUCCGGACAAUAGGUCAUAUGCUGUUGUCAAUAAUGCUGCCGCUAGCUUUUAAAGUACCAGCUGCAGAAAGUAGGGGAAGAAUACUUUUUGCUCUAAUAUAAGUUGUGCAAAGACACAGCAAAGGUACUUUCUGAUUUCACAGUAUCCACAGGGUGGAAACAGAGAUGCCUUGAUAGAGACAGGCAAGUAACUGAGCUCUGCUUGUAUUGGGGUUUACAGUAAGAAGCAAUAGUGAAGACUACUAAGAAAAUGUCAAAAUAUGAUUGUAAUUGUGUCUUCUUUCCUCACUGUAAACAUAUACAUUCACACACAAUAGUCAAUUCACUGAUAGAAAUAGCCUUGGCAGCUGCCACUAGUAUUCUGUUUCCUCUUGAUUUCUGUGCCACUGGUUCUGGUGCAGGACUCCCAUCCCCUUGCAUUCUGUAUCUGGAACAGUUGGAAAUGUUGCUUCUCUGGUGGUGUCAGUCAUACUUGGAAGCCUUGUGAAAACAACAUAUAUCAGCUAUACAAACAUUCAAACUAGUAGAGCAACAGAUGAAUGAUAGGAAAAAAUGUUUCUCUCUUCCUUGCUGAAAGAAGUCAAUAUGAAAUUAUUUCCCAGGUGUGCAUUCUCCUCUGACUUAGAUUAAAACUAUAAGCUUUCACAGAAUUUGUAUGUUUUUUCUCCUCAUUUUCUAAUGCAAAGAGCUCAGGAUGCUUAGACAUCAUCUGAGACAAGGAAAUCUGAAGCUCAGCAUUUUCAAACCAAUACUUUAUUUACUCUUUUUCUUUGUCACCUAUGAAUAUGACUGUGUAUAUUAAGGGUGGUUUUUAUUUUGUUGUUGUGUUUCUUCAAGUUGUUUUCAAAUUAUGGUGAAUCUAAGAAGAAUCUAUCAAUGUUUUUUGAAAGACUGGUUCAAAAGUGUUUGCUGUUGCCUUCUUUGGUCAAGAGAGUGUGGAUUUGUCCAAGGUCACCUGGUGUGUUUUCAUGGUUAUGCAGAGAUUCAAACCAGUGCUCAAAUCACUAUGUUGUGCUGGGUCCUUUUUAUUACUGUUGCAUUCAUUGAUUUGUAGUAUUCUGUAUCUCCUUCCAGCCAACAAAGGCUUAUGAGGCAAUGAACAAAUACAAAUCAAUUAAAACAAUACCAAGAUAAAAAUAUUCCUAUAACACAGAUUUAAAACAAUCAAAAUGGUAAUUUCAGGCAUUGAGUGUUGUGUGAAGCAGAACUGGUUGCCUGCCAGAAGCUUAAAAAGAAUGGAGCCAGCCUAACUUUCACAAUCAAGGCUAUGCUACAGAGAAAGGCUAGGAAUGUGCAUCCACCAAGUUAACUUCACAAAGGGUUGUGACCUGCAACAGUACUUUCUCUGAAGUUCUCAAAUUUUUGGCAGGUUCACAUGAAAGGGAUGGUCUUUCAGAUAUUGUGACUCAAAAUUAUUCAGGGCUUUGUAGGUCAACACCAGCAUCUUGCAUUGAGUUCCAAGCAAAUUGAAAACCAAGGUAGUGCUUUCAGUACCAGUGUUACAUGGUGACCAAAAUGACACCAGUUUGGCUGCAUUAUUUACAUCAGCUGCAGCUUCUGAAUAUUUUUCAAAUGCAACCCCAUGUGGAGUGCAUUACAAUAAUCUAAUUAAGAGGUAAUUAGGGCAUGAAUCACUGUGGCAAAAUUUGCCUUCCCCAAGGAAGGACACAGCUGGUAUACCAGCUGAAGCUAUGCAAAGGCACACCGGGAGCAAUACUGGGUCCAAGAUCACCCCAAGCGAUGAACCUGUUCUUUCAAAGAAAGAGCAACCCCAUCCAGAAAAGUCUCUGAUCCCAAUCCCAGGUUGUAUUUCUUACUUACUGGUAGCAUAUACUGUAACUAGAGCAAGCACUGUGGGAAUAUCUUUCCUUGAAGAGGCAUGGAUAAGAAACUUAUUGUUCUUUUCCAAAAUUGACACAAUAAACUGGGAAGCAGUUACAUGUACACAUAUAUAGUACUAUGCCUCGGAUAAUAAAGCCUCCGAGAAGGAAACUUCUUUUAUAGCGCCUUUUUAUGGUUGCCCAGUGACACAGCAUCACCAUUGAUGUGAUGGUGAAGGAGAGCUGGGAAAACACAAACUUUUGGUUUUUUGUUACAGAAGCAUCUCUGUCUUUGGAAUCUCUGGUUGAGCAUGCAGGAACAAUAAAAAGAGAAAGAGUGUGAAUACGUUUUGCCAGUCUCUCCCGAUUCCUAGCAUGUUUAAGAAGCAUAGAUCAAUAAAUUUGGCAACCAGAAUAGAAAUUAUUAGAAAAGGAGUGAAUAAUGAAGAAAAAAGUCAUUUCUGGAUAAAUCCUUUUGUUUAUUCAUGCAAGGCUUAUCUGACCUGGUUGUUUCAUUCACUUGUUCAUAUCUGAAUAAAAAUAUUUGCUAAAAUAUG